AUGCUUCAGCACGAAUGGGCCGGCUCGACCGGAGUGAUACCACAGCCUCACAGAAGACCGACACGUGAAAUAACUCACCUCCGUCUGAUGAACUGGCCCGGAGAGUGCUUCAAUGUCGCCCGACUUCAGUACCACUACCCAGAGCUUGUAUUCUUAGAAUUCAUCAACUCUACCUCUCUGAAGAGCUUCAAGGGCCAUUUCAGUGCUGUGAACAAAAUUGAGAAACUUAUCAUCCACGGAUUAAUGUCGCUAUGGGAGCUGCCUCCGGAGAUAGUGAUGGACAUGCCAGUUCUAAGAGACUUGGACCUUCGAGGGAACAUGCUGAGACAUAUCAAGUCAUCGCUGUUGACGGGACCAAGGAGUUUGGAAUACGUUUAUUUAGCAGGUAAUAGUUGGGACUGCAGUGAUGGUGGUCUCGACUGGCUGGCGAUGGAAGCAGAAAACGGGACAAUCCGGAGGAAAAUAAAAGAUUAUGAUGAACUUGUGUGUCAUCAACAGCUUUACAGAGGCAAGCCAUUGAACAAAGUCAUGGAUAUUAUACGGACGAUGCGUCAAACUUGUCCAGAGCCCUGUUCCUGCACAAUGACACACGUGGUCUUCGACACAGCCGGUGCUGUGAUACCUCUCAUCACCGUUGACUGUGCCAACAGACAGCUGGAGAAUCCACCAUCAGCGUUACCACCAGGAACCACCACACUUCGUCUUGAGGGCAACAAGCUGGGUUACGGUAUUUGGAUGUGUGAGGUUUACGUCAGCAAACAAGGAAUAAAGAGAAGGGAAAUUCUAUUCCGUAUCCUCUGGUACAUCAGCAUAAUGAAGCGUGGUGCACCAACGUCUGCAAGAGACGAACUCCUCAAGAAGGCAGUGAAAAGGAACCUGAGUCAGAUGAUGAUGGUGAACAGUCAGCGAGAUUUACCACAACAGGAAGAGGACCAGGAAGAACCACCGACGGAGGGGGAGGAGGAGCAGGACAAGGACACGACGCCGACACUAGACUGGGAGCAAGUGAGAAAGAACAUGUAUCAAGACUGUGUCCUGGCCCAGAUGGGAAUAUCGAAUCUGAAGACGAAAGCGGAUGCAGAAUCAGAUGGAGUAACGUUGAGCUCAAUACGAGCCAUCGUUCAUAACCCUCAGUACAAGACCUUAGCUGACCUGUACCUUGAUAACAACAGCAUAUCAGCUGUCAAGGAGUUAGAAGGUACUGAGUGGUUCUCCAAUUUUCGAGUGCUAAGUCUUCGAGGGAACUUAUUGAAACAGAUUCCUGUUUACGCUUUCGACAAAGCGUUUCAAUAUAACAAUAAUAUAAUGCACGUGUUUCUCGGGGACAAUCCAUGGAGAUGUGACUGCCACUACAUACCUCGCUUCCAGAGCUUACUUCUGAAGUAUAAGCGAGUGAUCCGGGAUCUACCUGACAUAAGAUCAGUACGAUACCACUGGGGAACAUCUGCGGAGACGACGAUGUGAUGCCAAUAAGUCCCAUCAAUAUAGUCAAUUUAGUUUUAUUAGCUCUAAUAUUGUUAGUUGUAGGAAGAUUUCUGUACGAUUGGCAAAACUUUAAGAAUACCGGUGAAUUGCCUUGGUUGUCUUCAAUAUUACCAUAAAUUGUGUGGCUGUGAAAUAUGUAAUUAUAGUUUGACCCAUAGUCAGAAAUCACUCACCGCUGGAGCUGGAUUGCAUCGCUGUAUGCUUUGGGAGGUGUGAAGUGAUUGUGAUGUGAACGCACACAUAUCACCAUAUGAAUGUAAUCACCAUAAAUACCUAGGGUCUAGUAGGGUAUAGUACAGCGGUAAUGGACCUACCCACAUAUCAUAGUUUGGUAUUUCUGAACCGAUACGACCUUCAAACCUUCAAGAAAAGAGCGUAUUCCUUUUUAAAAGGCCGGCAAAGCACCUGAGACUUCUGUGGUGUUGCGGGUGUCCAUGGGCGGCUCUAAUCGCUUACCAUCAGGUGAUCCGUUUGCUCAUUUGCCUCCUAUUCCAUAAAAUAAAAUAAAUAAAAUCAACAUCAGCAGCCAGUCAUAGUUCACUAUGGGAUAAUGUACCUGUUUUCAUAAUAUGAGAGUGCUAUUUUUUCUACGUUCGGAAAGUUGAAAAGGUUCAGAUGGCUUACUCUUGAAUCUGAUUCCGAUCGAUCGACAUUUUUAUUGUGAAAUUUCGUACUCUUAAGUUGUAACAUCAGCGCCCAUUGCAUCCGUAUUGCGUGGAUAUUGAAUGAACUAAAUGGUAUUGAGUUUGGCUUUAUAUUCCGUACUCUGAAUGCUAGUUUAACAGCUACGAUAGGGGUUGUAUAGUGUUGACAUUAAAUAAUAUAAUUAUUGAGAUUUUAUUGGAUUUAAAUUGCAUUGACAUAUUGGUUUCAAGAGUAAGCACCCAGGUUUGUUUAGAGAGCGAUGUUGCGCGGUCUCCGUAAUAUGUGUAAUCUCUUACAGCCGAAAUUAACAAUCUAACUGAAUUAAAAAUCUUUGGAUUGACAGAAACCUCACAAUAAAUUUCAAACAUUGAUCUUAGUUCACAGGUUUUGGGUUUGGAUUGGUUAUUCAUUUUAAUAAUAGGGAUGAUGACGGGGUGUGAACAUUAAAAAUGUAAUUAGUCCGUCAGUUAGGUAAUGAAAAAAUAUUAGACACGUAUUUUUUUAUUUUGUUGUAUAAUAAAAUGAUACUUAGAUAUAACGAAUCAAAGUUUAGGAGUGGGGGCUAAAAUGUCAUAACUACGUAUAAAAUGUACAUAGAAGUGACGUCACGCGACAUUUCAAAUCCCUAUAUCGUCGAAAAUAUUCGUUUCUGUAAAAAAAUGAAAAAUACGUGGCUGGUGUUUUAAAAUGAUCUACCAGACGGACAUUAAAAUAAAAAUUAGUCAUCUACCCUAUUAUCGACUCUUAAGCCAAGAAUACACUAGGGGUAUGGCACACAAAUGUCCCAUACCAUGUAUCGUCGACAUGUCGAGCAAAGCCGGCCGAUGUCGCCUGACAUUUAUUUUAUGGGAUAUAAACGGGUAGAUAGGAUAGGAUCACCUGAGGGUAAGCAAUCGGCGUCGCCCAUGGACACAAAACAUAUACGGUGAAGACGCGCAACUUAUGUCCCCAGUGAUGUUAAUGUUGCCAGCCAUGUUGACCAAAAUCCGGCAACGUUGCGCCACUUCACCCGACGUCACUAGCGACACGUGUCGCAGGGCAUUUAUCUCCUAUACCCUCUAUACAAAACCAGCUUAUCCUGGUGUCGCGUCGCAUCUUCUUUCCGCACAUUUAACGUUCAGUUUAUACUGGUUAUGUAAAUCUCGAUGUGUAGCCGUGUGUACCCUUGGCUUUAUAACAAAUGUAAACAUUCUCUAAUAUCAUCACACGGCAGCGAUUCGACCUAAUAUAUCUCAAUGUUAUUAUUUGUUUUAAUGUUUAUUAUAUGUAUUAGACGUAUUUAAUAAGAUAUAGUUUAAUUAUUAAGCAGUUAGUUAAGUAUGAAAGUGAUUUUAAGACAUGAGACACAGACUAAGAAAAAGGCUGAGAUUGAUUUGUAUAAUAUCUGGUGAUGAAAUAAAUACUACAUAAUACCUACAUUAGUAUAAU